AUGGAUAAUACAAUGUUUACUGAUUUUUUUAUGGAAGAUUCUUUGUCAAUGGAAGAUUCAUUUUUAACUAAUGAAUUAAUGCUAAAUGAAAAUGAUACAACUAUUGAAAAUAUAAUAGUCUACGAAGAUAAAAUAGCAAAUGAUAUUGUUCAAUUGAAAGACUCUAAUUUAGAAGAACAUUUUUCAUCAGAUGAAUAUUAUGACAUAUCUGAUUCUGAAAGUGGCUUUAAUCUUGAUCUAGAAAAAGAAGAUGGUAUUAAAGUUUUUGCUAGCGUCGAGGAAGCUUCUGCAAUUAAUUUUUCCUUUAAAAUACCUGUAGAUUCUUCAAAUGAAGUUGCAAAUAAUAAGAAGAAAAUAUUGGAAAAAUUUGGAGGAAAAGGGUUUUUUGAACAUAGAAAUUCUAGUAUUUCAGAACCCGUCAAACGUAAUCAUUUUGACCAAUUACCCCAAUCUAUUAUUCCUGCUAGUUUCAGUUUUAUAAAAAAUAAUAAUAUAGGACUGAUUGGUAAUUUGAAUGAAAAAAAAAAGUAUUCCCGUAUGACAGUAUUUGAAGGAUUUUGGAAAAAUAAAGUUAAUACUACAAAAAAAUACUCAAAUGAAACAAUUAAAAAGUGUUUUGAUUUGGUUACAAUAAAUAAUGUAGAACAUAUUCUUGCCAAACUAGUUGAUAAUUCAUAUGUUCCUAUUCCUUGGAGUUCUUUUCCACUUUCAGCAUAUAAUAAAAUUUUGCCACUUAAGAAAUUUAUUGGUGAAGAUAGAAAAAAAAGAAGAAGAAGGCAAACUAAAAUAUACAAAGAAAUGUUUAAAGGUGUAGAUGAUAAAGAUGAAAUAUUGAAAAUACACGCAAAACAACUUUUGUCAUUUAAUGAAUGA